ACAUAUAAGGCUCAGCUUACGGAAAACCAGCAAAAGUAUUCGGCAUGGAUUUGGAUGAUGUGGCUAGCCAUCACGAAUUCGGCCAGCAUAUGGCCACAUACAAUGUAGAGACCUCGGCAGUGCACAGGAAACUUCAGAGCAAGGUUGAGGCACUGAGGAUCCUACGUCAGGAGCUGGAGCAAUUUCGGGUGGAACGUGACCAGUACAAGCUGGUGGCGGAAACUCUCCAGUUGCGUUACUCGGCGCUGAAAAGCAACAGUGAACUGCUGGCCGUAGGGGGAUGUGGAGCUCUAAGCGAAAAUUCUAGUCUGGCCGCCUUGCUUCACGAAACGCGAGAGCAGAACCUCAAGCUCAGUACUGAAGUGGAGGCUUUGAGGCAGCGACUAAACGAACUCCAGGGUGACAUGGAACUCCUCCGAGAGACAGAAGCCAGCAACAAGUCGCGGGUACAGGCAAUGGCCAAUGAGAACGCCGCCCGCAACAAGGAGGAGCUGCAGUGGCGCCGAGAACGAGCCAAUUUCAUCUGUCACUUGGAGGGGCUUAAGAAACGGAAUGCCCAGCUGGCAUUCGAUCUCAAAGCAGUCAUCGAUGAGAAGGAGGAGCUGAUUACGGAGCGGGAUGCCUACAAAUGCAAGGCACAUCGCCUCAAUCAUGAGCUCUUUGUGGCUCUCAGGGCCAAGAAAACACAUCCGAGACUCCUGGACAUCGAUGGUGUUUUGCUAGAGAACAAGUACCUGCAUGAACGUGUAAAGAUUCAAGACAGCGAACUGGAACUGACCAAACAGAGCAUUAAUAAGUACAAGACCAUGUUAGAUGCAAAGCGAAAGAAGGGGAUUGUAAAACUCGGAGGUGGCAGCACAAAUGAAGACACCAUACUAAGCCCCCGUCAGGUUAAAACAAUCCUGGAGAGCGGCAUUGAUCUGCCACAGAAAACCGAGAGCUUAAAUGACCUAAAAUCUUUGUGUCUGGCUCUUCUGGACAAUCUUAAUGACAAGAACUUAGCCCUGACACACCAGAAGAAAACCAACAAAAUACUGGCUGGCAAGAUGACGGAGCUGGAACAGCGGUGGCAGCAGCUUCUCUCUGGAAACGACGAAAACACAGAGGGUCAGGAGGAGGAGGAAGAAUACGGCUAUGCUCCCUCCCAGCUGCUCCUCAACGGUUAUUGCGCAGCCAUGGUUGAUGAUGCCGACAUCAGCAGCACUCCGUCCAUUGCUCCAGAUAACGAAGGCAUCGCAAUUACACCAGAUUCUGGAGAUUCUAGGAAGCACAAGUCGACCGAGGUCCUGCAGUCCGACGAUGGAAUGUCGUCGCUUUCUACCGAGUCAGUGGAUUCCUCUGUAUACGGGGUAGAUGUACAGCCCGAUGACUUUCAGAAGUCUUCGUCUGCUACAACAGAUUCCGGCAAUUGCGGUUUUAGUAGUCGCUGUACCGGCACUCCGCGCAUUUCCAGUGCCGUGGCCCGGGAACGAAUGGAGGAUCUAAAGGAUCUGCCUCCUCACCUGGCCACUCUGGUCCAGAAGGCACUCCACGAACUGGACAUGCGAGACUACGAGGCUAUGGUGACGAUACGGGCCGAGAAUCUGGCUGCUAUACCUUAGAGAAAUUCUAGGUAAAUUGAGGACUCCCAAAGAAAUAGAUGGAAGCAUAUCGAAGUGUUGACAAAAGAUAUAAUACAUGUAUAUUACCACAACGGCGUACAAUAAAAGCAGAUUAUAAAACAA